AUGACUCCAGCUUACGCCGACUGUAUGAGAAUUUGGCGUGCGUUGGAGCGUGAUGCAUCUACAUCCCAUUAUAUCAAUACGACCCUCGAUGCCAGAGACAUUGGAUUGGUGUUGGGUUUCUGCCGAAUGAUACAUGAUUUUGAAGAAGUGAAGAGUUUUAGCAAACCAAUGUUGUGGAUCGGGAUCUAUAUAGCCGUAGCAACAUCACUGUGUAUGUUUCUCAUGGUCGCUGAUUUGUUCCAUGGUUUUCGRAAUAGAAAACUCUGGUUUCCAUCCAAAUAUUUCACUCUCAACACUGCUACUAUCACCCUCAUAACUAUCGCAAUGAAGCUCCCUGUCGAUCUGAGUGGUCGGAUGCCGGGCAACUUGGACCAAUUAGCCAAGUGGGGAAGCUUGACCUUCAUGUGUACUAUGAUGUCUAAUUUAAUGCCUUCUCUGGCGUCUAUGGACAAUAGGGAACUUUUUGCAAAUGUUACAGGUAUGUUCCUUCUCGUUAUCACAAUCGUUGUCAAUGUUUYAAUCCAGAUYGAAACCGGUKUGGUUSUUMRSUACUUUGAUGACUAUGUUUACAUAGGCGUAAUGCUCUUUUUACUUGUAAUAAUGAUAUCUUCGGCAUUAACGAUUCCAACCUCAAAAAAGAUAUUGGAAUUGAAGUAUCAACGGGUACAAAAAACAACUUCAAAUGAUGUACACCCGCAACGUACAAGAAUGUCGAGGGUUGAAGAACUAAUACAACAUGUGAGAAGAUAUUGGAUGAUGGCAGGAACUUCUAGCCCACAGUUUGUUAUGAUUACCACUCCACUAUGCUCUGCGGCUGGGAUAGCUUGUGUGCCUACAAUAGCCCUGCAUUACUAUUUCUUUGUGUUGGUCUGGGCAUAUUUAGGAGGAAGAGCUUAUUUAGAUUUCGGUUCAGAUUAUGAGUGGUCGAUAGUUGGGAUCGUCAUAAUACAAGUCAUUGGAAUUUUAGUGGGUAUCAUUGCCCCACUAUUCAGAUGCUUUGCAGCCUUAAGUUUCAAAUUGUCCCUUAAAUGGGUUAAGAAACAUACCAAGGUCUGUGAAGUAGAGAAGUACUGGACGCAAAAGUUGUUGGAGUGGAAAGAGAUUCCUUUAGCUUUUCCAUUAAGUGGUCGGAUAUCAAAAGCUCUUGUCUACAAUUCGUAUCACCUCAUUCUAAACCUUUGCAUUAUAUGUCAAAAGGUAAUUGUGGUAUCAUGCAAAAUAGUAGGACUCAUUCCACUGGGCACUGUAAUUAUCGGUGUGUUUUGUGUAAACUGCUGCAAGUCAUUGAAGGCAAACUUCUUUCGUAUGCCUGUUGCCUCAAAUCGUGAAACUGAGCACGCCUUUGAGCAAAAUCGUGAUACAAACCAAGACGUUGAAAACUACGUUUUGCAACUUCAAGACGAGAUGGAGCUUGGUAGAAGAACACUCAAAAGCAUUUCAAACUCGGCAAAUCGCUCAAUCCAGAAGGGUGAGAAGCAACUGCCUACAAAUCUUCUGAAGCUGAUUGAGCAAUGUACGGGAUUCGAAGGAGUAGUGAAAUUUGAUAGUGAGAAUAUUCAACGUCUGAUUUGGGUUACAUUUCCCAACAGUUGGAGCCUGCCGAUAGUAACCUUAACAUGCAUCGCAAUUACACUCCCAAACAUCAGUCAGGAGAGUGUUGAUAACUUGUUUAGAGGUGUGUGUGAAAGUCUUUCAUAUACUCUUCUUGUUGAAGAAAGCCUUAACAACGUAGGUGAAUAUAAAAAAAUUCAUAAGGCAACUAUGGCGUUGUGGCAAGAGGUUGAAGUCAACUACAAGUGGUUGGGGAACACGCUCCAAAGAAAUGCUUAUAAAGAAAAAAAUCCAAAAGAGAUUCUUGAAUGGUUUGCUGAUACAGCAAAGGACAUUGCAGUAGAAAUGAACAAACACAUCAACGAGGAACCGUUCGACAGCUCUUGUGACAGGUUGGUUGUUGCCGAUUCGAUGUACCGUGUGACCCAAACAAUCAUGGUUAACUACCCUGAUGACAUCCAAGACGGCAGAGGAGAGCAACUGUUUUACCUGCUAUCUAGCAUGAUUGUGGACAUAGCGGUUGCUUGUUUUACCAACUUACCACGAGUCAUAGUAAUGAAAUGCCAGGACGAUGCAAUUGAGAAACGAGAGGCAAGUGUUGGGGCUGCAGCGGAGCUUCUUGGUAGUACUAAGAAGAUAAUAGAAAAACUUGAUGCGUUUGAAGUACCAAAUUUGGAUCCUGAGAAAAUGGCAUUUAUUGAAGAGUGGCGUGUUCAUUUGAAGCAAUCAAUCCCUUAG